CUUAAACAACAUAGGUAACUGGCUUUCAUUGUGCCUCGAAUAUUGACUGUGUACUGAAAUGUGCGUAGUACCUCGAGUUGGGCGGCUGACAGCGGCUAUUUGAGUAAUACAUAUGAGGCAAAAAAGUCUAUUGAUCCCAUCAAAUCGUUGUAGUUGAGAGACGUGCGCUGGUGAAUAAAGAAGAGAAAUGCAACAUGGCCUCCGCACGGAAGAAGCAAGAUGAGAAGCACUUAAAAAUAUUACGGGAAUUAGUGUCGUUACCAGCAAACAAAGAGUGUUUUGAUUGUCAUCAGAGAGGGCCGACUUACGUGAACAUGACAAUUGGAUCAUUUGUUUGCACAUCAUGCUCGGGGAUGCUCCGCGGACUGACACCACCUCACAGGGUAAAAUCAAUAUCCAUGGCCAGUUUUACGCCUGAGGAAAUUGAUAUGGUGAAAUCGAGAGGAAAUGAGUACUGUCGGCGAGUAUGGUUGGGUUUAUUUGAUCCAAACCACUCGCAAGAUACCAAAGAUGAGCAGCAGGUCAAAGAGUUUAUGAUAGCUAAGUAUGAAAAGAAGAGAUAUUAUUUGGAGCCAUCAGUAUCAUCAAAAAAUGGUCCCAUCACUUUUUCACCACCAGGAACACAAAAUCACUCACGAACAUCAACUCCAACCCCAAUGACUUCCAUACCUGAAACUAAGCCACUUACUAGUGUCAUUUCUUCCCAAGCCAAACCAGCGUCUCUUAAUAUAAAUACAUCAAAUGUAACCUCGUCGGACAACAUGUUCACUCCUGACAAAACAUCUGGGUUUCUGGCUGACUUUGGACCCUCAGAUCCGUUCAGUUCUUCUUCGCAGUUUACACCAACCAGUACUACCACCAUACCUUCAUUUGCAAAUUUUGAAAACAAUCCAGUUUUCACUUCUCCUAACAUUCACUUUUUUGGCAGUACAGCUAGCAGUGAUAAUGUUCCUCCCCGAUUUAACACCAACAGAUGGAGUAUGCCUACUGCAGCAGCUUUGUCAACAAUGAGUAAUAAUGUUUUCGGAAGUCCUGCGCGCAAAUCGGCAAGUUCUGUGGGUGUUGCUGGAACAAUGCAGUCCCAGCCACCGUCGGAGGAUCGAUAUGCUGCCCUUAAAGACCUGGACAGUCUGAUGAAAUCACAAGCUUCAGAUGCACAGGGGGGUGACUGGGCCACAGGUGCAUGGUCAUCUCCAAAUACGUCAACUGUCCCAGUCUCAGUAUUUGGUUCACCAUCUCAAAAUUCUCAGUUUCUCACAUCAGCCAGUGGAGUUUCUUCAUUGCCUGAACCAGCAGCGAUGCAAAACCCAUUUUCGGUUGCUGGCAUGAAUCAGAAUCCUUGGGUGCCAGCAUCAAGGGAAAAUGGUUUAUCCAGCACUUCCAGCCAGCCUGCCACUUUUCAAGCAAAUCCAUUUGGAAAUGGAAGACAACCACAACAUGGAUUUGGCAUUGUGACUGAUACUUUAAAUUGGAGUGCAGGGGCAAACAGCAUGCCAAAUGGACAGGUUCCAAAUGGUGGUAUUGCUAGCUUCCAUUCUCAAGUACCUGUAGCUGCUGUGGCUUUUCCCACUAGUCAGUCUAUGAAUUUUCCAGCGAAGGCCUGGCAGCCUAUUCCACCAAGUGGAAACCCAUUUGUGCUUGGAACUAGUCCAACGCCUGCUGGCCAUUCCAGCAAUCCUUUUCUAUGAAGAACUGAAUUUAUUGUAUAACAAUUUUCUAACUAUAUUUGUAAAAGGCAACAUAUGUGAAUUUAUUUACAAAUAUGCAUCACUUUCAGUUUACCAGAAAAUAAUUAUUUGUUUGUGUGUGCAGUGAGCUGUGCUUACAGUGUAAUGAAAUACUAAUUGUUAGAUAUGCGAGGGACUUGGCUCUUAGAGAGCGCUUUUAGUUUUUUUAAUUGUAGUCUUGACUUACAGACCAAGAUCUGACGCAAGUAUAACUGCUAAAGUUGACAACAGAUUUAUAUGAGAAUACAAAAUGACGUUACAUGUAAUAUAGCUGCAAAUGUUAGUAUUUGCAUUAAUUUUCAGACCAGAUAUUUUUAAAUAUUAAUGUGUGUUUUGUACAAACACUUUACUUGUAAUUUAUAGAGUUUAUAAAUUAACUAUUUAUUUUAUGUAUGUUGUUGCACUGUGUUAGUAAAAUAUGUAAACCAAAUGUUGGAGGAAUUGUUAUUUACUCAGUCCGUAUUCAAGGAUGGAUAGUGUAAGGCGCGUGCGCACACACACACAUACACACACACAAAACUGGAUCUCUCACGUUGAGAUGUCGUGUUGGUGAGAGUUUUAUUUUAUAUUCUAGUGUAAAUCUGAAAUAUGCACUAAAAUAAUUUGUGACAUGGAUUUGUUCAGCACAGUAUGCUAUGUUUAUGGUAUUUCUCACACUGUUUCCAUUAGAUACACCUUUCUGCAAGACAGUUGUGAUGAAUAUUUGACACAUUUUUGCUGCAUGUAGCUUGAAGUUAGAAGAAAGUCUUUACUUUGAAGUGGAUAUUCUCAUUCCACGAACUUAAUUUCUUAUCACUGUUUUAUCUCAUAUUCCAACCUCUCUCUCUCUCUCUCUCUCUCUCUCUCUCUCUGUGUGUGUGUGUGUGUGUGUGUGUGUGUGUGUGUGUGUGUGUGUGUGUGUGUGUGUGCGUGUGUGUGUGUGUGAGAGAGAGAGAGAGAGAGAGAUCAUGACCAAACAUUCACAAUUGCUGCACAAAUUGUUUAUUACAAACUUACUGGAACAUAAUACUGUUAGUAUUGAGCACAUCUUGCACGUAUUUACGUGCUUAUUGGAAUUUUUUUCGUCUUUGUACACAAUUUAUUUGUUGUUGGUAGUUGCUGUGGUCAAUGACUUAAAGCACAUAGGUAUAAAUACUUGUGUAAUAUAUAACUGCCAUCCAAAAUGUGAUUCAGGGGUACUGCAAAGGCCAUAUACAUUCAAAAAAUCAGUGUAGUUGCUUAUGUGACACUGUGACACUUAAUUGCUUGAUGUCUAAUAUGGUAUUGGAGUAUUGUGUAAGUGCUUUUAACUGCUAUCUGCUCAGAAAGAAAUUUCGUUAACUGUAUGUGCUUGGAAAUUAUUAUUGAUUUUGUUUUUAGAAACAUUUCUUUUGAAAUAGCAGUAGAAGUUUAACAACUGUUCUGGGAUAGUGAGCUAAAACAACAAAAACAAACAAAAAAAAACAAAUAAAUAAAUAUCAGUUAAUUGCUUGGAGUAGUAGUAAAGUUUCACAUCUAACUUAGAACCUCUUUAUGUAAUUUUUAUGUUUGCAAUGAUGAUGGAUAGAAGCUAUACAUUGUGUGUAUGCCUAUCUCUUUUGGCACUAUGAAUCAGUCUUGAGCAUUGUGGGUUUCAGAUUUUGGUAAAUAUGCAGUUCCUCGUGUAAGAUCCAUUUGGAAUAAAUAUCCAGAAUCAAAAGUGUUUCUGAACAAGGCAUUAAGGCACUAGUAAGCAUGUCUCAUUCUACCGUUUCCCACAACCACCUCCCCGAGGAGUCACGUACAUGGUUUGGUUCUUGACUCUUCUACAGUUACCACUGUAUUUAAUAACUUUGUUACAUUGUUUACAUUCAUGUUCAUGAUAACAAUAAGAGAUGAUAUUAAAGUUUUCCAUUUAUUUCUUCAAAAAUUUAUUUAAGCCCGUGAUAGACUCUGCAUCCUGUUGUCUGAAUGACCAUUUACUACCAUUAGAGUGAUAAAUUGCUUAACAGAAGUCUGGUAGGUCAUGUUGGUUACUAGCUCUUAACCAAAAUUGUAUUAUGUGCAACUUCAUUGUAUAAAUUUUUGUUAAUUUUAUCUUUUUGCUGUGUGAUAUGAAAUAUUCAGUAACUUGCAAGACAUAAAUUCUGAAUUCUUUGUCAUUGAAUGGUUUUUAUUCCUAGGGCCUUGGAUAGAAAAAAGUAAAAGAUACAUUCUGUGAUAUUUUAUAUUCAACAGUGUUUAUUGUAUUUUAAAGUUGGGUCUGUUUUACUUGGCAUAACAUCCCAUUUUACAUCAGUUGACACAUACAGUUGAUAUGAUCUUCAUUUUCUUUUCUUUACCUGUUUCAUUAUUAAGACUCCCUGUGAAAUUGUUGCUAAUGCUAGGGAUCGAUAAACAUAUUCAGUUAUUUAGAUUUUAAGGGAACAGAAUUAUUCAGUAUUGAUUGUUAAGUUUGAUAUGUAUCAAGGCCAAUCCUCUUCGCAUGCCAAUGAGGCAUAUUACUCACUGUUGACUGAAAAUCAGUUUAAAUCUGACUGAUAAUACUGUAACAUUUUGCCUUGUUUGUAAAACAACUUGUGAGUACAGACAUGACUUUGUUUUAAAGGUCUGCUGCUGUUUCAUACAUUUAUACGAGAUAAACUGUACUUGGAAAUCUGACUCUUACUGUAUGAUGUAAUAACAAAUAUUGUAUGCAGUUAUGUUGUAUGUUUGUCAGUAGUUUUGCCACAAGACUUAAAGCUUUAGGCUAGAUCUAAAAAACAUGAACAUAAGAUUUUGUGUUGUGGUUUCUUUUUGAUAAUAGGUACUGACAAUGUUUCUAUAUGGAGACAGCAGUAGGCUUUUUAUUACUUGUUAAAAAAGAUAUGACAUAGCACAUUAAAAAAGUAAGAUUUUUCAAGUGUAUAUUUCUGUGAUAUUAUUUUUAUCUGGAACGACAAAUUAUUUUUGAAUAAAAAAUGAUGAAAUUUU